GCAAAAAAUGAAAUCGAACAUUUACUACAACGAGCUAAAUCAGAAGGACAAAUUCACAAAGAAAGCAUCUUCAGCAUAUUCACAAAACCAAACGUGAUGAAGCCACUUCUAAUCAUAAACAUUUUCAAUAUUUUGCAAAUCCUUUCCGGAACAUAUUUAGUCGUGUUUUAUGCUGUGGACAUUUUGAGUAACAUAAACGGAAAACUAAUAAACCAGUUUCUAGCUGCGUCUUUGACUGCAUGCGUUAGAUUUAUUUUCACUAUUAUAGCCAGUCUACUUCUAGCACUAAUCGGAAGAAGAAAGAUCGCUUUAAUGAGCGGAAUAGGGUCCACUAUAUCGGCAUUAUGUCUAGGAAUAAUCCUUCAGCAAGAUUGUGAACAAUCCCAUUAUCUUACCGCCUUGUUCACUUUAACAUACGUGGCAGCGAAUACCUUGGGUUUCUUCGUUUUACCUGGUGUGAUGCUUAGUGAACUCUUCCCAGCUAAAGUUCGCGGUCAUGCCGGUGGAAUCACGUUUAUGUUGUUCAAUUUUGCACUGUUUGGUAUAGCUAAAAUAUUUCCUUUUAUUAAGAACAGUAUUGGAAUACACGGAGUGUUCUUAAUAUUCGGAUUAUCGUCCCUUUUAGCCAGUUUAUUUCUCUAUCUAGUCUUACCGGAAACAAAGGGGAAAAGUUUAAGUUAUAUCGAAGAUUAUUUUCAACAAAAUAAUUUUGUGUGGGCUAAGAGAGAUAAAAACUGGGAAAAGAAACUUCACGGAAGUGAGAAUGAAAGACUAAACAAAGCCUAAAUUAAUUAACUUAAAUUGUAAAUAGAUACUGGGACAUUGGAAGCAUUGUUUAAGUAGAAGAUAAAAAACAAAGUAGUCUUUUGCUCUUGAUUGUGUAAUAUUUACAUUAUAAGGCUGUUUCCUGUAAAAAAAUUAUAAAAAGUU